AACGCGGGACUGCGUUUAACCUUAACUCAACCCAUUUUAUUGUCAGCUAGCGCCAAGGUAACCAGCGUCUGUCGAGUGAGUUGGCUAGAAGUGGGGCAGACGCGCACCGAGGCUGUUAAAGCGAAAUCAUGUCGUCUCAAACGAACGCCAUUUUGCUCUUUGUUUUUAGCUGUUGUGUGAUCGAUUUCUCGCUGGGACAGGACAGUGGUUUUUCAGGAGAAGUGGGUGGGAUCUCAACAGUCGGUAUCAUAUUCAUCCCAAUAGUCGCAGCCAUAGUGCUGGCGGGACUUGUCGUCCUCUGCUGCAGAAGAACCAUCUGUCGUCACGUCAAGAAGAAACCAAACUCCCCAGUGCAAUCCCCGUCCUCGCAACAGCUGACAAAACAUGAGGUCCACUUGGCAUUUACUACUAACCCUCCUCGACCUUCAAAACACAGGUUAAGACACAAGCACCCAAGAGAGAUCAAAGUGCGAAUUAACAGCGACGGCGAUUCUGAGCGCGGGGAUACCGAAAGCGAGUACGCUGAUGACGAAAUGGACGGAGACGGUUCUGAAAGUGACGUCACGUGCCAGUAUGACGUGGCAAGGAAUCCGUGUAAAUGCCGAAAUAACAAAUGCAAAUCUUAUUACUAUACUACAGAUUCAGAUACUGACGAAAUGAGUGAUGCCCACAUGUCAAAAGCUCGAGACCGCGCAAAGCCCCUCUGUGCAACAUCCCAUUACCCUUACGAGUCCGAUAGUGACGUCACAGAAGACGUAGCAGCAAAGUCUCGUUCUGGUCACCAUGCAAAGAACACAGCAGACAGACCUGUCUUCACAAUUGAUGCGCCAGAAAUGCAAAUGGAUCAUUCUUACUAUGCAGCUGAUGACACAACGUAUAACCAGUAUCACAAUGCAUGUUAUGAAACGUGACAGGAGUUGGUGGAGCCGCUUUUUGCGGCCAUGUUGUCAAAGGUUUACAAGGGGAAAAGGUGUUGCUACGAUUACUGUUGUUAUAUAAGGCUUCUUAUCGAUGUGAACCGUCGCUUCUGAGUUCUUCUGUGUUUUCCUUUCCCUCAUAUAGACCUUACGUUACAGCUGGGCAGAGAACAGCCAUUCCACAGCGACCCUCCAUAGCUUACGAUUGAAGAAGUUGGUUUUAUUGUACUUUCAUAGUUAGGAGUUACACCGGUGCUAGCGUUUUCGUUACUGAACGAAUCACUAGUCAUCGGUUGAUCACAUAUCUAUUUUAGGUGAUAAAUUUCAUUUGACUAGGGAAAAUUUAAUCGAUUUAAGCUGACAAAUCUAAGUCGACUUAGUUUCGUUUCACAUAAAAAUAGAAAAGACCGCUAACAUCGUUUUGUUUUUCGUUCCUUUAAGUUUGUCCCAAAACUUAACUUUGACUGCUUACCAGUGGAUAUUGCUCUCCUUUUACGACGAAUAAAUAUCUCAAAAUCGGCUUUACGUAGCCGCCUAUCCGAGUUGAGCAGUUUUAACUUAGCCUAAAAACGCACGGGUUCCAAUGAAUCAGUCCUAAAGUAUCCCGUUGUAACUGUCGCAGCAACGAGUAGGCCGUUCUGAGAUACAAGCUUCCGCUAUGUAGAUGCAUAGAUUAUACAAACACGAUCCCAAUUUUUAAUUAACAAUCAAGCUGUACAUGUACUGAGGUUUUUAACACAAGCAGUAUGAGCAGUCACUUUCACAAGUAUAAGGAGUUAAAGAAUUAUCCCAAAUACAAGGUAAUCAUUUUUUAGUUAA